AUGUUCGCCAAAUUUAUUUAUUUCAACUUAAAGCUUCUAAUUUGUAUUUCAAUGCUAACUUUUAUAUCAGUGAAAUCUGAGGGCCUCUACAAUGAAACGAUAGACGAUGUAAUCAUUUUGACGGAUAAAAAUUUUGACCAGGAAGUUAUCAGAUCUCCCAAUGCCUGGCUAGUUGAGUUCUACAAUUCCUGGUGUGGACACUGCAUCCGGUUCGCUCCCCAGUGGAAACAACUGGCCACCGAAUGUAAAGGAUGGAGUGAAGUGCUAAAGAUUGGCGCCAUUGACUGUGCAAACUCUCAAAACCAACAAAUAUGCAUGCACUACAAACUAGAAGGAUAUCCAACUAUGAUUGUUAGCACAACACAACCUAACAUCCCUACUGUUUUUAAGUUCCUCGGGGCCAAUAGUUUGAUCCGCCCCAACCAGACGAACAUGGAGUCGUGGGAGUCAGUGGAGAGAAUGAAGUCGGCAAUGAUUGAUUAUCUACCUGAAAAAUCAUCGAGAAGCGUUCGAGUGAUCGACGAACGUGGCCCGGUCCCACGAGAAUGUGAGAAGAUAAUACUAGAUAGAUUUGAAGAGCGUAAAAGGUUAAAAAUACGACGCAUGGUCAUCAGCAACAGGAGAAACGUCAACAACAAUGAUGACGUCAUCGACAUCAUUUCCUACUUGAAACUUUACGAGCAAGACCUUCUAUCCAGUCUUACUUACUCACUGAACACCGAACUACCACUACGCACCCCAUUCAACAAAAGCACAUCCCUAUUCCUAAUCGGGUACCUCGAUGACUUGAUCAGGGUAAACGAAGGGGUUGUAGGCGGAUUACAGAGACUGAAAUUUUGGUUGCAAGGUCGAAUAACUUCGUCAUCUCCCCCCCCACCACCACCCAACAACAAUAAUAAUAACAAUAAUAAUAAAAAUAACAAUAACAAUAAUAAUUAUAUAAAUAAUAAUAAUAAUAACGUGAUCAUCGCACCUAUAAAAGGAAUUGAAUGGCUGACGGCUGUUGAGAAAGCUUUCCAGACAACCAACCUACCAAAGGACCCCACGUGGAGCCAAUGCACCGGAAGUUCGUUUAAUGUUCGCGGCUAUCCGUGCAGUCUCUGGCUAACUUUUCAUGCGGUCAUCACCAACGUAGCUCACAAUCAUAAUGAUUCAUUUCAGUGUCUGCAAGUUUUACAGAGAGUCCGAGGCUACGUUCAGCAUUUCUUCGGCUGCUCGGAGUGCGUCAGCAAUUUUUUAAAAGGCGCUACAAAAAUCGAGAAAGUAGUCACCAACUGUCGCCAGAGUGUCUUAUUUCUAUGGAGGUCUCAUAAUAAAGCUAAUUUUAGACUGCGGGGCGAUAAUACGGAAGACCCCAGACAUCCUAAAACCAUUUUCCCUAACGUUAAGCAGUGCAGCGAGUGCUUCGACCUAACUUCACUUACGAAAAAUAGUAAUAAUAAUAAUAAUAACAACAACAACAAUGAUAAUAAUAAUAGAAAUAGAAAUAAUAAUAAUAGUAAUAAUAAUAAUAAUAAUAGUAAUACUGCUUUGAUAUCUUCAUCGUCGUCGUCAUCAUCACCGUCGAUAAGUGGCAUAACUGACGGCUGGAAUGAGUAUGUCGUGCUGAAUUUUCUAGAAAGUAUCUACCUGAAAUCUAAUGUCGUUAGGUACAUCCCUGUUUCUGGGGGCCAGGGUCGCAAUGAUGAUGUGCUUGAGGAUGCCGGUAAUGGUGGUGAUGGCGUCAGAGGUGUUGCCGUCAUCAACGGAGCGAGCACUGUUUCUAAUAACAAUCUAUCAGUUGAAAGAAGGCCAAUUGGUCAUAGAAGACGCAGAGAUAAACAAAAUAAUAGUAACGACAACAACAAAAAUGACGUCAUCGUCAACAGCAGCAACAACAAAAAUGACGUCAUCGUCACUAACAACAACAUUAUUGGCACCAUCGACAACAAAGGCGUGAUGAUUGAUAACCUCAUGGAUGUGACCAACAGCAACGAUAAGAUUAACAAGGGAAAUUAUAACGGUAAUAAUAGAAUGAUUAACGAUCAAGGUACCGGUAAUUUCGGUAUUAAUAUCGGUACUAACGAUAAUAUUCGGGAGAGUCCUCUAAACAAUGAUCUAAAUUUAUUGGCCAAGGACCGUAAUAACCGACCGAAUAUAUCGUUGCAUUCCUAUAUUUCCGUUUUAAAUAUAUUUACGUCAUACGACGUAGGGCUGUGCUUGGCAUUUUAUUUAUGCUGCGCUUUACUCCUAAUAAUUCUCUACCUUCAUAUGAUGAGAAAGUUUAGGCUAUGCUCGGGGUUUAAGAUUGGAUUUUAUAAGAAGAAUAAUGCUACUAGGCUACAUGUGUGAUUGUGUGUGUGUGUGUGUGCGUGUGUGUGUGUGCGUGUGUGUGUGUGGUGUGGUAUGUUUGUGUGUUUCGAUACAAAGAAGAUUUAGUUUGAUCGUGUGUGGUAAUAAAAAUUGACUGACUUGAGAUCACCAAUUCAUAAUAUCAAAAUUUAUUGAUCUCUGCAAGAUAAUUUGUCUUACAGUAUAUUAGGUGCUAUAUAAGUUCAAAAUAAUAUAAAUAUAUGCAACGAUGUACACUUUAUAUUUGAUGAUACGUAUCUAUACUUUUAUCCUUAGUACACAUAAUGUAUUAUAAUUUAUUAUAAUGUAUUGAAAUGUAUUAUAAUGCAUAAAAAUUUAUUAUAAUGUAUUAAAAUUUAUCAUGAUGUAUUAAAAUUUAUUAUAAUGUAUGUUAAUUUAGUGUAAUAUAUGCACGUGAAACAUCGCAUCACACACAACGUUGCUUGUGAUAGGCGAUGAUCACUUUGUAUUUGAAUCUGGUCACUGCGCUUACAUCGCCAGACACUUUACCGUUACACCAUAGCGCCACUAAUGUAUAUACAUAUAUAUAUAUAUAUUAUAUAUAUAUAUAUAUAUAUUAUGAAUUGUAUAUAUAUGCGUAGCUUGAAACUUGCAUAAUUUGUGCAAAUAUUUUAUCAUAGUCCCUAGCAAAAAUUUUAUGAUUAUACAUACACUUACAUACACACAUAUACAUACAUACAUACAUACACACAUACAUACAUACAUACGUACAUACAUACAUACAUACAAACAAACACAGACACUCAUACAUAAUCUUACAUAUAUACAU